GCACAUUGUACUUACAUUUUACACAUUGUCAUGGAUGCCAUAGUUGCUAAGGUGAACAAUUUGCGUCAGCAAUACCGUGACGUUGCUGCGGCUCAUUCGCAGUUGUUGACACAACACAAUGAGUGCACUGCAGAGCUCCAGUUAGUGGAGUCCGAUGCUAAGAUAUACAAGAGCACUGGCCCUGUACUUACUACUCAGAGCAAGGAAGACGCUAUACAUACGAUAUCUAAGCGUAUAGAGUACAUUAGCAGCGAGAUUGAGGAGAAGACAAAGCUGAUGUCUACAUUGCAGGAAUCCAUCGAAUCGGAGUGCAAGACGCUUGACAACAUGGGUGCUCAACGUGCUCCUAAUAUUACGGGAGAUUAACAUUUUAAAGUUUGACUGCAUUUAU